AUUUCCAUUAGAAAACUUCAAAGGAGGAGGAGGAGGAAGAAGAACACAUUUGAACUCUUCAUUCUCAGUCAAUUCUCACGUCAACGAUCAAAAACCGCCAUUCCAGAAGGAGACUUUAACGUCACUAUCACUCCAUUGAUCAUCUUUCUAAUCUCCUUUCUUCAUCUAUAUAACCUAAAAGCUUAAGAAUUCUCUCAAAUCAAAAACCCAUUCUUCAAGAUUCCUCAUUUAUUACAAUGGGAAAUCCCGGCGCCGGCGGUAAUGAUCGGAAUCUAAACGAUUCAUCGCAGAUGGCUUUAUUGGGUAAAAUCAUGAUGUUUGGAAUAUUGGGUCUCUUUUUUAUAAUCAUCAUCUUCCUUUUCCUACACCUAUACAACAAAAUCUUCUGGCUCCGACGAAGUGAUCAUUCCAGCGCCGUCACCAUCCGCCGUCGCCGCCGUGCACCCACGGAUUUCAACCCAACCCAACAUAUCAACGCCAACCGCAUCGGUCUUGAUCAAACCACACUCAAAACCAUUCCUAUCAUUGACUACAACCCAAAAGAUUUCAAAGAAGGAAUAGAAUGUGUAGUCUGUUUAUCCGACCUCGCAGCCGGCGAUAAAAUCAGGUUGCUUAAAACUUGCAAACAUGGAUUCCAUGUAGAAUGUAUAGACAUGUGGUUACAAUCUCAUUCCACAUGCCCUGUUUGUAGAAACCCAUUAUCUACAAUUUCAAAAACCAAUAAUGAAUUACCUGUUCUUGAAUCUGAUCAAGAAUCUCCGGAGAUUCAAGAAUUGCCCACGAAUGUUUUGUUUUGGGGAGAUGAGACUGAAGUAAGGAAUUCAACAACGGUGACUAUCGAUGUGGCGAGUUCGAGUGGGGAAACUGGAGAGACGACGAAGCCGUCUGUGAUAAUGUCACGGUUGAGAUCUUUGAAGAGACUUCUUAGUGGAGAGAAGGUUCAUUGUAGUAGUAGCAGUUCUAAUGUGGUUGGAGAUGAACAUGUUUAGAUGAUUUUUUUGUUUGGUUUAUGAUGUUUGAUUGAUUUGGUAUUAGGUUUGAUUCAUUUGUUAGAUAGGGUUUGAAAUUUGAUUCUGUAAUAUAUAUAUAUAAUCAUAGACAAGACAAAGCAGAAGGGGGUGGAAGGAAGGAGAUACAUACUUCCCAUCUUCUUGCAGAUUGUUUGUAAGAAAUAUUCAUUCAUUAGUUUGAUUUUGGAUUGAAGUUCAAAUUCAAUGAACAAUUCAAAAGCAAGAUUUCAUUUGUCUUAAGAAAUUAUCUUAUUGAACCAUUUUGUGUU